AUGUCCUCUUGCUACACCGUUUCCACAGAGAAAGCCAAUUAUCUUCAAGCUCAAGCAAACUGCCUUGCAGAUAAUGCUACCUUGCUGUCCAUUGGUUCAUCUAAAAAACUGCUGCAAGUACGGAAGGAGAUGAAACGAAGAGAACGUGAAUCACACUGGUGGGUGGGACUUCGGAAGAACAAGUCAUCAAGCAACACGUGGAAAUGGCUUGAAGAGCCCCCAUCUUCGACACCACUAGUCAUAUUGUGGGAUUUGAAUCAGCCAGACAACUUUCGCAUUGAGAAUUGCGCUGAGAUGUUUGCCAGCGGCUUCAUGAACGACCUGGAGUGUUCCUCCUCUCGCCCAUACAUCUGUGAAAAACAUCUCAACCAUACCAGAGAUUUAAAAAACUGUGAAACUGGAUGGAUCCUUAUUUCUUCUUCCUGCUACAAGCUGUAUAUAGAGGAAAUGGAGUGGUCGGAUGCUCAAGCGAGCUGCAAGAAAGAUGGCGCUGACAUGCUGUCUAUAAACUCUAUAGAUGAACUGCAUUCUCUGCCGCUAGGGUGA